ACCGUCAAAAUGGAAGAUAUGAAGCCCCAUCACGAGAUCGCAGAGAAUGUCACUCCCAAUAGCAACUCGCUGUCGCCAACCACGCCUUAUAUGAUCGAUCCUCAGGCCGAGCGCCAGCUAAUCCGCAAGCUUGACAGGCACAUCAUUCCUACUGUCAUGUUCGCCUACCUUCUCUGCUUCCUGGACAGGACCAACAUUGGCAAUGCCCGUCUCUUCGGUCUCGAAGCAGAUCUCCACAUGUCUGGAGACAUGUACCAAAUCGCCGUCGCCGUCCUGUUUAUUCCCUAUAUCCUGGUCGAAAUCCCCAGCAACCUGGUCAUCAAGAGGUUCCGCCCUUCGCGGUGGCUUGCCUUUAUCACCGUUAGUUGGGGCAUUGUAUCGACACUCACCGGCAUUGUGCAGAACUAUGCGGGUCUGAUUGCUUGCCGACUUUUGCUUGGUCUCCUGGAGGGCGGUCUUCUUCCCGGCCUUACCGUGUAUCUAACUGUGUUCUACACCAAGAAAGAGAUAGCCCUGCGUUUCAGCUACCUUUUCGUCGCUACAGCCCUUGCCGGCGCUUGUGGUGGCCUGUUGGCUUACGGCAUUGGCUUUAUGGAUGGAGUCAACGGGCUCUCCGGUUGGCGUUGGAUUUUCAUUAUUGAAGGUAUUCCAACUGUUCUUUUUGGGUUUGUUAUCUACUUCGUCCUUGCCGACAACCCAGAGACAGCCAGCUAUAUUACCGAAGAGGAGCGUCAGCUCCUUCUGAGACGGCUCCAGAACCAGACCGGCUUCCACGAGGAGUUUGACAAGAAAGAUGCUUGGAUGGCCGUCAAGGACUGGAAGACCUGGGUUUUCUCCGGCGCCGAGUUCUGCACCACCACCAUGCUCUACAGCUACUCCGUAUUCUUGCCCUCCAUCAUCCAGGGGCUCAACCCGCGCUGGACCCGACCCGAGAUUCAGGCUCUCACCAUCCCCUGCUAUGCAGUCGGCGCUGUCAGCUACUAUACCGUGGCAUGGCUGUCCGACCGGCACCAGCUCCGCGGACCGUACCUCGUCGUCUGCAACGCCAUCUGCAUUCUCGGCUACGGGAUCUCACUGCUUCCCGAAAGUGCUGGUGUUCCAGUGCAUUACUUUGCCACUUUCCUAGUCGCCAUGGGUCUGUUUGUCGGUGUCGGCUUGCCUUUGUCGUGGCUGCCGACCAACAACCCACGCUAUGGAAAGCGCACCACUGCCACGGCCAUCCAGAUCUCCAUUUGCAACUGUUCUGGGGUCAUGGCUCCCUUUCUCUACCCGCUCAAAGACUCUCCCCGCUACGUCAAGGGCUACGCAGUGUCCAUUGGCCUUUUGGCUGUUGGCAUGACCACAUUUGGCUCUCUGUCGUACUAUCUGCACACAGUCAACCAGAGGCGCCGGGCUGGUAAGGAGGACUAUAAGAUCGAGGGUAUGUCUGACGCUGAGAUUGACGCACUUGGUGAUACGAGCCCACGUUUCAUGUAUACAAUCUAG